AUGUUUCUGCUGCAGGUCCCAGGCCAGUUUCUGUCUCUGUUCUACACAAACCGAUUGGGUCUUUACCCACAUGUAGACCUUGCUAAAAGGAAACAGUUCAAUGGUGGCAUCCCUCAGAGGGGUAACCUGAAAGCCAGUAUGAACAAGGCCAGAGAAGAUAUUAACUACUACAUUCCAUCCAAGACUAGCAAAGGCCUUGCUGUGAUAGACUGGGAGGAAUGGCGCCCUCUAUGGGACAGAAACUGGGGCUCUAAGAGAAUCUACCAGGCUUUAUCUGUGGCACACCUUAUGCAGACGAACCGCUCCCUGACAGUACGUCAGGCCACAGAGAAAGCCAAACAACACUUCCAGGUGGCAGCUAAGAGUUUCAUGUCAGAGAUAUUGGCAAUGGGCAGAGCUAUGAGACCCAACUAUCUCUGGGGCUUCUACUUGUUUCCUAACUGCUACAACUAUGGCUGGGAGAAGCCACACUACAAAGGCAGAUGCUCCAAGGAGGUGAGGAGGCAGAAUGACGAGCUGCUCUGGCUUUGGGAGUCCAGCACUGCCCUCUACCCCUCUGUCUACUUGCAGGUCUCUCUGGCAGACAAUCCCAAGGCUGCUCUAAUGGUGAGAAACCGUGUCCAGGAAGCUUUGAGAGUAUCUGCCCUGUCCAGACGGAGUGGCACUGCGCCCGUGUUUGCUUACAUGCGACCUGUCUUUGUUGAUCAGAACAGACGCUUCCUCAGCCGGGGAGACUUGGUCAGCACCAUUGGGGAGAGUGCAGCAGUGGGAGUGUCUGGCGCUGUGCUGUGGGGGGCCAGCGCUGACUAUGAUGACCAGACGUCCUGUGCAGCCCUCUCCUCCUACCUCUCCUCCACCCUCAACCCUUACAUCACCAAUGUCACCGUAGCCGCCCAGCUCUGCAGCAACUUCCUGUGUCGAGGGAAUGGCCGCUGUGUCCGCAAAAACUACAACUCCAAUCACUACCUCCAUCUAAACCCAGAGAACUUCAGGAUCCUGCAUGUGCAGAAACGCUACCUUGUCCUAGGGAGACCUAGCCUCCCAGACCUGAAGGCCUUGAGGAGGGGGUUUACCUGUCAGUGCUACAAAGAACUGAGCUGCUCACCCAGGACGUACAGAGAGCUAGCCAAGGCCCUGGCAUUGAUUGUGAAACAAGGGCUGUACCAGAAGUUUCACACUCUGAAUAAAGUCAUGUUAGAUGAUGCGCAAGAAACCAGUAUUACCAAGGACAAUGUUAAAAAGAACUUGAGAGUUUAG